AUUGCGGAAGGUGGUUUGGCAUCCUGUCUCACUUUUGUGUGUUCUGUGGUGUCGGAGCAGAGGAGUUGAUUAAUUAGCGGAACAACACAACAUUAGCGACGCAUAAGUUGACUGAAACACAGCCGGGCCAGCACCACCUGGCACGAAAUUUUGAUGUCGAAUUGUGAUGCCGAAUCAAAGGACCCGAAUUGCUUAUAAGCAGAGCCAUGUAAGCGCAAGAGAUUAGGACUAUGAGCGCUUUUCUACGGUUUUGUUUCCAAUGCGAGUGUGUUGACGGAGACAUAGUAAGGACGGAGGGAGCGUUAUAGUUGAACGUGCGCUUUCAGUUUCAUUGUGGCGAUAGAAGCAGAGGCAAUGGAAACGAGUAAGAGAGAGAGCAGGGAGGUGGAUGAUGGGUUCAGAUCCAGGUGCUCCAAAUGAGGGGAAGAAAGUCAAGAGAAAGGGGUAGUGGGAGAUUUAGGGUUUGAGUCAACUCUCUGCACGUUGUGGAGUUUCACAAUGGCAUAGAGGGAGCGAUUUCUUCACAAUCAUGGCUUCCUUUAGAAAGACAUCGUCCGAGGAAACCGUUGAUUCCAGAGUGAUUGCGACUGGGAACACAGCUCCUUCGCAGCAACGCCAGCCUUUGCGAAGUGUAGCGUUGUCUCAAGCUCAGGCUGUACUGCUGUUUCCUUGGUAUGUGCGCACGAGGAUAGUUGGAAGAGCAGAAGUUAGCCAGAAAGGAGCCGCAAAGAUGAGCAGUUGGAAGAAGUUGCUGAUUCAGUUCGGGGUAUGUUUCGCCGUAGGCUUGUGUUUGGGGUGGUUUACUCCCCACAAAUGGAUGCUAGACUCGCUGCCUGUUGAGAGGAAAUCUGUUUUCGGCGAUGGCAAGUUCGCAGAGGCGGAAGUGUUUGGAAGAUCUGAAGCUGCGAAUGCACUGGCGGGGAUGGAGAAUGUGACGAAAAGGAAGGACAUGAUCAGUGUGAACGGCGCUGGGAAUUUCUCAGGUUUGGAUGUGAAUUUUGAUAUGCCUCUGGAGCCUAGGAAGCUGCUUAUAAUUGUAACUCCAACAUACGUCCGACCGUUCGGUUCGUACUACUUGACACGGCUAGCACAUACUUUGAAGCUUAUCCCGCCACCUUUACUGUGGUUGGUUGUGGAAAUGCGUUACCAGUCGCUAGAGACAUCCCAGCUCUUACGUGAGACUGGAAUCAUGUACCGACACCUCGUGUGUGAUACAGUCCUUACGAAUGUGAAGGAUCGUGAGGCUUACCAGCGCAACACCGCCUUAGCUCACAUCGAACAACACGAGCUUGACGGCAUCGUGUAUUUUGCGGACGAUGACAACAUUUACACUCUGGAGCUCUUUGAGCAGAUGAGGAAUAUCACGCGCUUCGGCACUUGGCUAGUCGGACUGAUGGCGCCGGGCAAAUCGAGGGCCAUCCUUGAGGGCCCCGUCUGUGAAGGUGAGAAAGUCCUAGGGUGGCAUACUAGCGAGAGGAGAAAGAGGCUGAGACGGUUUCAUGUGGACAUGUCUGGAUUUGCCUUCAACUCAACUAUACUGUGGGAUCCUCGCCGGUGGAAUCGGCCCACUUCGGAGCCUAUCCGGCAUCGAGACACCAUCAGAGAAGGGUUCCAGGAGACGACGUUCAUUGAGCAGCUCGUGCCGGAUGAAAGCUACAUGGAAGGACGACCACUUGGAUGUCUCAAGGUCAUGGUGUGGCACUUACACCUGGAAGCACCCAAGGGGUUCCCGUAUCCUGCUCGGUGGACUCUAACGACACCUUUGAAGGCUAACAUGCCUCUGCACAAGGAUGACUAACUGUAGUCAAUGAUCUUCUUCGUCCAUGAGUUAGUUCUUCAAGACUUUCAAGAGACGAGGAAGAUGCCAAACUGCGUGUACAGUGAGCUGAAGUCUACACCCAGCGACGAACGGUGAGUUCUAGUACAGUAACGUCCUCUCAGAAUACGCUGUUGUCCAGAUCAAGAUCGAAAGCUUGGAAAAUAGUUCAGAAAUCGAGGUAGUGGAACGACCUCAAGUAGAGCUGGCCGAUAUAGUGGACUGAGGACAUACUGACGCGAGAUUAGCAUUCCAAGGGUAGGACCCCCAGUAGCAGUGACUGACAUACUGACGCGAGAUUAAUAGACCAAGGCCAGGAUCCCAAGUCGUGCUGACCGAUAUAGUGGACUGAGGACAUACUGAUGAAAGACGAGACGACCAAGAUCGGGGUCCCAAACAGCGUAGACCUCGUCGUGAAGCAUUCUCACUUCGCUGGUUUAAAGUAAUUCUUUAAAAGAAUACGCUGCAAGUCAAGUGACAGUGCAUCUCUGUGAGUGAUAUCUCGUUGCUAUAAUAAACAAACCACUGAGUCUCCACGCGAAA